ACUCGAGCUAGAAGGUAUAGAGAAAUAAAAAAAUAUUGGCAAUUUUAAAACAAGAUGAAGCACGUUCUUUCCAAUUCCAUUGUUGUGUUAUUCUCAUACACUCGAUUAUUUGUCGUGUCACGCGACAUCAGCGUGCAAAUGUCACUUGGAAGAGACGCGCAAAAAAUUACAGUUUACGAAAAAUAUAGUAUCUGGUCAUCGGAACAUAAAUAAUUGGUCUGUGCUUCGACGAUAAGUGACAUCCCGUAAUUUUACAAGUUCUGCGAUCGUUCCAACUUGUCCUCAGAUCGAUUGAUGUGCACGCGCUGCGCUCCCUCAUUUCCAUCGUAGUCGUUCUUAAGCAGGCAAACUGCAAGCAAGUGAAUUAUGCUAGUAAAUAUACUUCGAGAGUACAAUAUCAAUAAAAUAUUUUUGUCAUGCUUGGGACUCUGGCCCUUCCAAUAUAAAUUGGCGAGACGUAUGUUACCACUAUUCUGCUUUAUACUUGAAAUAAGUUACUUGCCAUUCGAGAUAUUAACGUUGUAUAAACACAGACACAAUGGGCAAAUAAUUUUUGACAGUUUAUAUCAGAUGGUUGUAACGAUAGCUUUUCUCGUAAAGUUAUUAAAUCAGCUUUGGUAUCGCGACAAGUUUCGUCGUUUAUACGAAAUCAUGGAAAACCAUUGGAAUAUAUUUACGAACGAUUUGGAAGUUCGAAUUUUGAAAACUUAUUCUCAUAUAUCGCAAAAAUUUGUAGUACUUUAUUCGAUAUUGAUAUAUGUCAUGAUGUCAAUGUUUAUAACAAUACCCUCGAUAGGACCAAUGCUUCUUGAUAUCGUAUUACCUCUUAAUAAAUCACGUCCGCGACAUAUCGCAAUAUACAGUGAAUACGGAGUAGAUCAAGAUAAGUAUUUUACAUCAAUCUUCCUGUACACCUCUAUUAUGAUCAUAGUGGGUAUGACCAUUAUGGUAGCUGUUGAUACCAUGCACAUAACGUGUACCGCGCAUGCAUGCAGUUUAUUUGAACUUAUUGGUCAACAAGUUGAGAACAUAAUAUCAAAUGUACAUAUUGGCGAUCGUCGUUGCAACGUCGGACGUUGCAAGAAUGUGGGAUAUAAAAUGUUUAGCGAGGAAAUGAUAUAUCGGGAGUAUAUCGUAUGUUUAAAGAAACACCAACUUGCUUUGGAGUAUGUCAAUAUAUUGAAUGAUACACACAAAAUUGUCGGAAUUAGCUUCUCAUUAUUAAUCGGUGCGAUCUUCAGUCUGCUUGGAGUUCGAAUUGUCUAUGUGUUAGACCAACUGGAAGAAAUGAUUAGAUUUACAUUUAUAAUCAUGGGAGCGCUGCUGCAAUUGAUAAUCGUGUGUUAUUCUGGCCAGAAAUUAAUGGACGAAAGUCAGAAUAUAUUUCAUCGAGCGUAUGCAGCAGAAUGGUAUAAGUUCUCACCAAGACUAAGAUCAUUGUUAAUCAUAAUUCUUUACAGAAGUGUUGUGCCAUCCAAACUGACAGCAGGUAAUUUGUUUCCGUUGUCAAUGACGGUCUUCGCUACAGUAGUACGAACGGGCGUAUCUUACUUCACGGCGUUCUUAUCGUUUAAAAAUUAAUUAAAAUUAUCUGCUUAACAAAUCCUUCACUAAUGUCUUCGAUUCAAAUCAAUAAAUUGUAGAUAAAAAUUUAAAAAUAGUUAUGUUUUACUUUGUGUAAUGGACAUAAAGUGUUAAUUUAAUUGAAA